AUGAGAGAGAUCUUGAAGUCCCAGUGGAAGCAUGUGGCCUGCAUCCAGGAUCCUCUAGGUGUGCCGCUCUACAUGCAGACGGGCACUCUAGUGAAGGGAGGGCACCGUCUGCCAUCCUACCGCUGUGCCAGAGGUUCCACUUCGCUGGAGUCAUUUCACCUGCACCUUAACAGAUUCAUCCCGGGUACGCUGGCACAUGACACCUUCUUCCAGGCAUAUCUUUUGGAUGAACUUGCAAGGAGCUUAUGGGCAAGAAAAUCAUCCCUUAUGUUGGGCCAAGAAAGUACACUGCAAACUGGUAAAGUUCUGCAGGACUACAAGUUGGCCAUUGAAGAGUCCGAGACCACUGAGGUUGGUAUAGAGGUGGAUGAAGGUUAUGCUGAACUUGAGGAGUUUCAGGACAUCACUGUCCCCACCUUUGACACAGAACGGACACCUGCUGCCUCGCAAGCAUCAGUGUCGGCAGCAUCUGCAGCAUCAUCUCCAACCCCUCUAGCAACCAGCCCCAUGUCAUCACUGUCUGUGGUCUCUCCAUCACAAGUGACAUAUCCUGUCACCAGCUCCAUGUCAUCACUGUUUGUGGUCCCUCCAUCACAAGCAACAUCUCCUGUUUCUAGCUUACUGCACACUCAGUCAAAGCCAGCACUCUCUCUUGGUGCACAUAGCUGUGAGUUUUACCAAAGUAUUCAUAGAGGUUUCUGUAUUUGUUAUCACACUAACUCUAAAUGUAUAUUCAUCAUAUUGAAAGACAAAUACAAAUUUAAACUAAAUAUUUACGUUUUUCAUGUAGUCCCAGGGGACCAAUUAUCCGCAGAAACUGAUCUUCUAACAUCUGAAGAGAACACUUCACACGAUGAUUCUGUUGGACCUGAAAAUAUUGAGGGGUAUGGAGCCGUGCAGGACCUGUCAGAGUUUUUGGUUAGCCUCAGAGAACACCGUCUGGCCUUGACUGGAGAAGAGUGCGUCAAGAUCAUCACCCUAUGGCAGGCAUUAGGGGAGUAUGAUAAGAGGAAGACCAUUUACUCACCACGUCACCAAACCACCCUAAAACAGGGACGAUUCAGGGCCACUAAGAAGAUUGUGGCAACAGGUGUGGAGAGCACCAAAAGGUGUUUCGUUGGGGCUCAUAGUCCUGCACAGUGGCCUGACUGCAACCGAGUGGUGGAGGCCAUCUUCACAAGGCUCUGUGCUCUCUACUCAAACGCGGUGCGCUGUGACGGAGUAAGGGUGUCCCGCUUCACAAUGGUAGCACGUGCUUACAGGCACAUCCGAGAGUGCAUCCUCACCAAUGCUAAGGUGAUGAGAGAGACCACCAUCCAGCUCCCAGAAGUGAACGCAGCAACAGUCACACAAUGUGUAGUCUCGCGUCCUCCUCGGUCCGGGGGUCGCGCUCGCAUCUUCUACGCUAUCGAGAGGCGCCAGGGUGCCUGGGUUUCAGGGUUCUCGGAUUUCUUUUCGGGGGUCGACUAUGGUCGCUUCCGAGCAGCCUGGGCCGGCCCCGGGUACAAUGGUGCCGGGGUCUCCGGGCGCCGGGACCCCCAGGGGUCCUCGCGGCUGCGACCCCAAAGUCGAGGCCCGAAAGCGCAGUUCGGCCACGAUCCAGGGGACGGCGCCACAGCGUCUACGCGCAGCUUAGCCCGCGCCCAGCCAAGUAGAUGGUGCCGGGUCUCCUACUUUUCCACUGUUCCUCCCUCAUGUCCUCUAAAUGAACGGUGCGUCCAGCCGGAGACCCCCGGCAGCCUCCCAUGA